GGGAGGAGGCGGCGGAGGCGAGCGAGCGGCCCCGGCGUGCGGAAUCACUCGAGGCCCAGGCGGAGCGGAGCGAGGGGAUCGCGGCUCCCCGUGAAGAAUGUCAGCCACCAGCGUCGACCAGAGACCUAAAGGACAGGGAAAUAAAGUUUCAGUACAAAACGGUUCGAUUCAUCAAAAGGAUGCAGUAAAUGAUGAUGAUUUUGAGCCAUAUCUAAGUAGUCAGACAAAUCAGAGUAACAGCUAUCCACCAAUGUCAGACCCAUACAUGCCUAGCUAUUAUGCUCCAUCCAUUGGAUUUCCAUACUCUUUAGGUGAAGCAGCAUGGUCAACUGCAGGUGACCCUCCAAUGCCAUAUUUGACAACUUAUGGACAGAUGAGCAAUGGUGAACACCAUUACAUACCUGAUGGUGUAUUUAGUCAACCUGGGGCAUUAGGAAAUACCCCUCCAUUUCUUGGGCAGCAUGGAUUUAAUUUUUUUCCUGGGAAUGCAGACUUCUCUACAUGGGGGACAAGUGGAUCUCAGGGACAAUCAACGCAAAGCUCUGCUUACAGCAGCAGCUAUGGCUAUCCACCUAGUUCUCUUGGGAGAGCCAUAGCAGAUGGACAGGCUGGAUUUGGCAGUGAUACUCUGAGCAAGGUGCCUGGGAUUAGCAGCAUUGAGCAAGGCAUGACUGGACUGAAAAUUGGUGGAGAUAUGACGGCUGCUGUAACAAAAACCGUAGGUUCAGCUCUGAGCAGUACAGGUAUGACAAGCAUUGCAGCUAACAGCGUGCCCCCAGUUAGCAGUUCAGCACCUAAACCAACCUCAUGGGCUGCAAUUGCAAGGAAACCUGCUAAACCUCAGCCGAAACUCAAGCCUAAAGGUAACGUGGGCAUUGGGGGCCCUGCUGUACCGCCGCCACCUAUAAAACACAACAUGAAUAUUGGAACUUGGGAUGACAAAGGGUCAGUGGUAAAAGCUCCCCCAGCUCAACCAGUACUGCCUCCUCAGACUAUAAUCCAGCAGCCUCAGCCAUUAAUUCAACCACCACCACUGGUGCAAAGCCAACUGCCUCAACAGCAGCCUCAGCCACAGCAACCACAACAGCAACAAGGACCUCAGCAGCAGGCCCAGCCUCACCAGUUGCAGCAGCAGCAGCUGCAAAACCGCUGGGUAGCUCCUCGUAAUAGGGGUGUGGGCUUCAGCCAGAACAAUGGAGCUGGUAGCGAGAACUUUGGUUUAGGUGUUGUGUCCGUCAGCUCCUCACCUUCUGGUGUGGAAGUGCACCCAGUGCUGGAGAAACUAAAGGCCAUAAACAACUACAAUCCCAAAGACUUCGAUUGGAAUCUGAAGAACGGACGUGUGUUUAUAAUCAAAAGUUAUUCAGAGGACGAUAUUCAUCGCUCCAUUAAGUACUCUAUCUGGUGCAGUACUGAGCACGGGAAUAAGCGCUUGGAUGCUGCUUACCGGUCCCUGAAUGGCAAAGGCCCGCUCUAUUUACUCUUCAGUGUGAAUGGCAGUGGACACUUCUGCGGAGUGGCUGAGAUGAAGUCUGUUGUGGACUACAAUGCAUAUGCUGGUGUCUGGUCUCAGGAUAAGUGGAAGGGGAAGUUUGAUGUCAAAUGGAUCUUUGUCAAAGACGUUCCCAAUAACCAACUGCGACAUAUUCGCUUGGAAAACAAUGACAACAAACCAGUUACCAAUUCGAGGGACACUCAAGAGGUACCCCUAGAAAAAGCCAAGCAAGUGCUUAAAAUAAUUGCUACUUUCAAGCAUACCACCUCAAUCUUUGAUGACUUUGCACAUUACGAGAAGCGUCAAGAGGAGGAGGAAGCCAUGCGUAGGGAGAGAAAUAGAAACAAACAAUAACUAUAUGGAGAUGUCCUGCUAGAAUACAACACUAAUGAUGUAGACUCUGGAAAUGCCUAAUAUGUCUAAGAAGACGUUAUUAAAGCUUUUUUCUGCUUAAGGUGACAUCUUUGAACACUUUAACACGAAAUUGACUCUUCUUGUAAUGGUUCUCAUCAGUGCAUCUGCCCUUAUACUCUCUCACCAAACACACUUGAGAACUGUACCUUCGUCAAGCACUUUCUGUCCUGAAGCUUUUACCAGUAUCUGCUGUCUUUUGUAUUUAUGCAUCCUAGCUAAGGCACAGGAGACCGAACGAAUGCAAGGAUUCAUUAACUCUUUGAAUUUGUUAAAUACUAACAUUUAACCAUUAGAAGUGGUUCAAUGAUGUGAGAUUCACAUUGCUUCAACUUAAUUUUUUCUUUGUUGUAGUUUUUUUAAUUGUCAGUUUUUAGCUAUUCAACAGAUUAAAAGCAAAUCAUGCCAUAUUUAGUCCUGGAGUAAAACUCAAGUCUAAAUGUUCAUGUGAAAAUUAUUGUAGUAAUCUUUUAAUAUGGCAAAGCAACUUUAAGCUGCAGUUUAGCCAAAUGAAUCGUAACAUGAAAUUAUAAUAGAAUGACAUUUCCCUUGUUUCAAACUGUUUGGUGUAAGAGAAUAUUAAUAUGCAGCUUGGUGGACACCACCAGUUAAUGCACAUUUCUUUAUUUUUUUUCUGUAACAUGUAUACUGAAAAAAGUGCAUUUGUCUGAGGAACUGUUUGUUUGCUACCACUCAAUGAAUCUCAGUUUUGAGUAAAUGUACCUCAGUCUAAAUCAGACUUUUUAUGACCUUUAUAACUACAUUUAAAAUAAUCUUUAAUUCCUAUUUCUGGGUGUUUGCAAGCCUGACAGAUUGCUAUCAUGAAAGUGAAAAUUUACUCCUCUAGGUGAUUCACUAGCUAAAUAAACAUAAUUCUUGUUUAGCAAGCAUAUACUGUUUCUCAAAUUUUUUUGUUUCAUUGUGCCAACAUUGAGGUGUUUUUCCCCCUGUUUGGAAAUAUUUUGAGAAGAAUACUUUGGUCCAUGGAGUUGACAUGUUGCUAACCGUGUUAAGAUGAUUUUUGUUAGAAACAUGCAACAAGAAGUUCUAGAAUACAUAUUAAAUGGGCCAAUUCUAUACUAAUUUUUAACCUCUAAAGAUUGUAUCUUCUGUUUCAAUUCAUAUAGCAACACGUUCUGUCUGCUGGAAGAGAAUAUUGAAAAACUGUUAAGAGGGUGUAUUGACUGUACAAAUUACUGAACAACCUGUACCAAACUCCAGGGAUAGCUUUCCCUUUUUAGAGCAGCGAUGUUGAAGUCAGAUAUCUUAUAGCUUAAAAUAGCAGUAGCACAUAUUAUUUGAACAUGCUUCAUGUCUUACUGUCCAACACAGAUGUUUAUAUUGUGUUUCAAGUCCUUCAUUUACAGAUUUUGGCAGUCAAAGUUCUGGAGCUUAAAUAGCAAAGGUUUGUCUUUAAUACAGCUGAUUUCGCUGACUGUUGCUUUCUCUCUUCUUAAGCCCUUUGCACUCAUACAAUUAUGCAAAUGCAAGAAGUUCAGUGCACACUUCUUGCUCGUUAUUUUAAAUGUUGUUAGUGACUGCAGGGUAGCAGAUACAAAUCUUAAUUCUUACUGCCAGUUAUCUGGAAGCUCAAAAGGGAGGCCACUCCUGUAUUUUGGAGUAAAGAAGCAAUGUCACUUAAAUGAUAGAUGAGUCAUAAAUAGCAAGUGGGAUAAGGGAGGGAUAAGCAAAGUGCAUAUUGUAAGAGGAGACUAGGAGACAAAGGUUUCAAGCCCAAUCCCUACGAAAUUUGGCUUCAGCCCAAAAAUUACUGCUUCCAUGUGUAUCUGUUCCUUGCUAACAGGUUUUAUAGCUGUUUGUUUCCCUCUGUGGACUGAUUUAUUCCAGCUGUCAUUGAUCAGCCGAAGUGGCAAAGGUCAAUGUAGUGAGUCCAAAGGAUGUAGUUCGUCUGUGAUCCCCCAAGGUGUCAGCAUGUUUCUGGUGCUUUGUUACAAAACUACCUUAUGAAAAUUCCCAGAAGUUCCCAGUUACCAGAAAGCUAAUGUUGGAGUCAAGCAUUCAGGAACUGAUUGCAUGUGCAACCCUAGUUUGCUUUCACUGCAGUAUUCAUAUUUUUGCAGGCUUUGUUAAUAUUUUCUGCCUUACCCCAUGCCUUUUUUAUUCUAAUAGCAUGAGCGCUGCUCUUAUAUUGAAUCAGGUUCAGCAUCAAGUGGGUUCAUCACUUUGUUGCAGGCUUUGAAAGCUGGGAAGAUGAGACAGGAUUGUGAGAGAAGGAGGUGAUCACAUUUAGAGAGCUGUGACAGUUCUUACACUGUUCCAGGAUUGUUAGCAAAUCUACAAAUAGAAGAGUUUGAUUGCUGAUGGUGUUAGUCAUGUUGCGACCGAUUUGCUGACUGCUGAGAGUUUAGUAUGUGCAGCUGAAAUUGAAAGGAAUUUUAUGUGCAUAUAAAGUACUGUAAAAAUAGUAUAUAACAUUGUAAAAUCAGCUGUGGAGUGCUGUAUUAGUUAAUGGACAUGUGAAGCUUCUAAUCUUCAGCUUCCUUAUGCACAAGUUCUUUUCCUUCAGAAAGAAAAGGAAUGGUGCUUAUUAUCUCAAAUAAAUGUAGAAAUGCCUUU